AUGGGGGUUGUCAGUCUCGUUUGGAGUCUUCCUGCAAACAUUCUACACUCCGCGGCUUCCUCUCUAACGUCGCCACGGAUUCCCCACGAAGGAGGAAGAGGAGGAGCCACCGCCAAAAAAUCCGCACGCCGCCGCCCGCUGCACACGUGCGGAGCCUCGUGCCUCUCCAUCGCGCGCAGAGCCGCCGCGAAGGCGCAGGAUCUCGACGCGCCGCUCGGAUCCAUGGCGAAGAGGACGAUCUCGACCUUCAACGCCUUCUGCCCGUCCUUCGUCCACGACACCGCGAUUCGAUGCUCCGGCCUGGUAAUCGCCAUCGACGACCAAAUCCUCUCAAUCGAGGGCAAAAUCGAGGCGAAUUUCCCCCAAUCCACUCCGCUCUUCAACGGAAUCGACGGCAUCGUCCGCCGCGCGGAGGCUCUGCCGGAGCAAAUCGACGAAGCGGUGAGGAAAUUCCCGAUCCGCUUCCCGCUCCUCGAUUGGGCGAUCAUGCUCCUCAUCUCAUGGAUCACUUUCCUCCUCUCGAUCCUCAUCCGCCUCGGAUCUAAAUCCGCGAGGGAGAAGGAGAUCCCCGUCGACCUCAACUGCAAAUCGCAUGACAAAUCUACGGAGCACACGAAAUCGGUGCAGUUCGAGAAGCCGUACUCCUACGCCGACGCAGCGAGGAACCACCACGCGCCGCCGCGAAAUCGGUGCAAUUCGAAGAGGCAAACGGCGGCGAGGUGGAUAAAGGCGCUGGAGGAGCCGCUGAGCGCAGGGGAUUCGCCGAUGUACUCAUCCUACCAGUCGGCGAACACUUCUCCGGUCUCCGAUUGCUCGUCGCAGGACGAGAAUCACCCGUUCAACCAGACGCUGGGAUGCAGCAGCUACAAGGAGGUGCUCGAGAAGGAGAAGAAGGAAGACGAGAAGCAAGACGAGCCGAGCACGUAUAAAGAAGCACUCGAGAAGGUGAAGAAGGAAGACGAGACGCAGGAGGAGCUGAGCACGUAUAAGGAGGCGCUCGAAAGGGAGAAGAAGGAAGACGGGACGGAAGAGGAGGAGGACGAGGAAGAGGAAGAGGAAGAAGAACAUGUACAUUUGAAGGAUAUCGCAGAAGAAAUCAUCCAAACUGAUUGA